AUACAAGAACCAGAAGUAAUAAAAUUAACAAAAACUAACAGAAGAGCAGAAAUCAAACUAACAGAAGUAAUGAAAUAAGCAAAAUCUAACAAUAUAACAGAAAUAUUGUAGUAUUAAGAGAACAAGAAGAUCAAACUACCAGGAGUAAUAAAACUAACAGGAAAGCAGAAAAACUGAUAUAUAAAGGUAACAGGAGAGCAGAAAAACGUACAUAUCGAAGAAGCAGGAGAGCAGAACUAGUCAAAACAAACUACCAGAAGUAAUAAAAUUAACAAAAACUAACAGGAGAGCAGAAAAAUGUACAUAUCAAGGUAGCAGAAGAGCAGAAUUACUUAAAUCAAAAUACCAGAAGCAAAGAAAUUAACAAAAUCUUACAAGAUAACAGAACAACUGAAUUAGUAUUAAAAAAAUCUAACAGGUAAGCAGAAAAAUUGAUUUAAAAAGGUAAAAGGAAAGCAGAACUAUUUAAAUGUUAUUGUCAAUCUUUUAGGAGUAAUGAAAUUAACAAAAUUUAACAGGAAAACUGAAAUAUUGUAUCAUUAAUCGAAGAGGAUAACAGAAUUAUUCAAAUGAUAUUGUACAAAUACCGGGAGUAAAGAAAUUAACAAAAAACUAGCAGGAGAUUUGAAAAAUUUAUAUAUUAAGGUAAAAGGAGAGCAGAAUUAACCAAAUAUUAUUAGAAAAACUACCAGGAGUAAUAAAAUUAACAACAACUAACAGGAAAGCAAUAAGUUAACCAGGAAAGCAGAAAUAUUUUAAAUUAUUGUGAAAUUGUUUUCAAUUAACAGGAGAGCAGCAAUUUUUUGCAAAUAUUAGCCAAAAGCUUCCAGACGAGCAAAAAGUAUUGAAAUUUUUCUAAAAAUCUUUCAAGAAAGCAGAAAGUUAACCAGAAACUAACCAAGAAGUCAGAAUUAUUUAAAAUUAUUGUAAAAUUUUCUCAUUUAACAGAAUAACAGAAAAGUAUUGCAAGUAAUAGAUAAAAGCUAUCAGGAGAGCAGUAAAGUAUUAACAUUUUCCUUAAAAUCUUUCAAGAUAGCAAAAACAUUUCAACUUUUUGUGCAACAGGAGAGCAGAAGCAAUCAAAGUAAUAAUCUCAUUCUAACAAGAGAUCAGAAGAAUAAUUGCAAAUAAUAGACCAAAUCUACCAAAAAUCUUCAAUGAGAGCAAAAGCAUUUACGUUUUAUUAAGAAAUUUUUUCAGUUUUGAUUAACCGGAAAGCAGAAUAAUGACAAUAAAAUUUUCGAAAAUUAUGAAAAUAUUUUUAAAAAUCUAAUAGCGAAGCAGCAUUAAUCAAAAUUAUUCUAAAGUUUAUCGAUGUUGUUCACCAGGAGAGCAGAUAAGUAUUUAUAUUUUAAUCUAAAUUUUAUUUUAAUUAUUAAUUUUUUUCGUUUCUUAUUAGUAGGAGAGCAGAUGUUUGAAAAUAAUAUUGUAAACAUAACAGGCGGUCAGAAUUUUCUACCAGGAGAACAGAAUAAUUUAACUUUUAUUAUAAAUCUAUGUAACAGAAGUAAAGUCAUCAAAAAAAUAUUGGUAAACAUAGCAGGAGUUAAGAAUUAUUCAAAAUUGAAUGUAAAAUUGAACGUAUCUCAAUAACACGUGUGCACAAGAAUUGAAAUGAUAAAGUAAAUUUAACAGGAAAGCAAAAUUCUUUCAAAAUAUGGGAAUAGUUUUCCUGUCUGAUUAACAGGGGAACAGAAGUAAUGCUAAUAAUAAUCUAAAUCUCUAAUCUAAAGUUCAAGAAUUAUUAAAAUAAGUGUAAGUCUAGCAGGAAUUCAGAAAUUUUUUUUCGAAAUUAUUAAAAAAAUUUUUUGUUUCUCAUUACUAGGAGAGCAGAAAUAUUGAUAUAAUAUUAAAAAUCUAACAGGCGAGCAGAAUAAUUUAAGAAUAUUGAAACAGUUUGCAGUUUCUGAUUAAUAGGAGAGCAGAAAUACUAAAAAAUUUAUCAAAAACUUCAAGGACAAUAUGUAUGUAUUGAAAAUUUCCCAACAGGAGUGCAGAAUUUUCUAACAGAAAUCAUAUUUCCUUUUUUAAUACCAGGCGAACAGAAUUAUUGAAGUAUUGUAAAUCUACCAGGUGUACAGAAUUAUUGAAAUAUUGCAAAUCUAGCAGGCGAACAGAAUUAUUAAAAUAUUGCAAAUCUAGCAGGCGAACAUAAUUUUUGAAAUAUUGCAAAUGUAUCAGGAAAACAGAAUUAUUUACAACUACUAUUUGCAAAAAUAUUCGUGCUUGAUUAAUAGGAGUAUAAGCAGUAUUUGAAAUAUAUUUUAACAGGAGUUCAGCAUUAAGCAGGAAUUUUGAAAGAAUUGUUCAUUUGUGAUUAACGGGAGAGCAGAAGUUUUUUCAAGUAAUUUCAGGAUAGCAGAAAAAGAACAGCUAAGAAAUUUUCGAAACAAUUACUGAGAGAACAGAAAUAAGAUUUAUUGCUGUUGUCCCCUGGAUAUCAACUUAGAAAGCUUUGGAAAAUGUGUAAAUAUAAAACGAAUCGAAAAAUACCCUAUUUAAUAGUAAAAAAGUGCUUUUUAUUUGAUAUAAUAUAAGCAGCACUGUUUAAAUGUUUUGUUUAUUUACCUUUUCAACAAAACAAAACAAAGUUGCAAGAGUGACAGACAGUUCAUCAACAUUAUAACAUCUCUGUUUUGUUUACCAUUAGACCACAACAGACAGGAGUAACUGUGCUCUAUUCAAAUGUUUUGUUUAUUUACCUUUUAACCAAAACAAAACAAAGUUGCAAGAGUGACAGUUAGUUUAUCAACAUCAUAACAUCUCUGUUAUAAUAUCAACAACACUGUUUUGUUUACUUUUUGACCAUAACAAAGUUUCACAGGAGUGACAUUUAUUAAACUUCAUCAUCAUGACGUCUCUGUUAUAAAAGUGUAAAAAGCAUGUUUUGUUUAUAUUUAAAACAAACGUUUCAAAAUAAAAACAACUUUGUGGCCAACUAAAAGAACUAGAAGAAGAAUGUUUUUGUUUACAUAUCAACUAAAACUAACGGUAGCAAUUACGAGUGAAAGACGUUUCAACAAAAAAAAAAGAACUUUGUGGCUAACUUAAAGAACAAGAAGAAGAAUGAUUUUGUUUACAUCACAACUAAAACUAACGGUAUCAUCUACAAGAGAAAGUGUGAAAAUAAACAAAUAGCGACUAACAGCAGGCAGGAUUAUAUUGUCACAUGUUAACAACAAAGUGUGAAAGGAAAACCUGCAAAAAAUAGCAACAAGAUUUGCUCCAAAAAACGCUUGUUUAUCUUACUGGCAACUCUAUUUUUUUGCUAAGCAUAUGACAAUUAACUGCAUUACCUUUAAUACAACAGUUUAUAACAACUGUCUUACCUUUAUGUUAGCUACAAACAAAUAUGGCAUCUCUUUUUUUCCAACAUCGAGAAUCAGUAAUAACAACAACAAUUGUGCCAAAAAGGGGGUUGUAGGCAAAAUGACAACAAAACAGAUGGACAAAUUGUAAGGAAAACUCAGCAGCAGCUAAAAAGGAAACUACUGAAAUCUGAAAAAGAAACAGCUUAAUAAAAAUGACAAGCUGAAUUAAAAAUUAAAACGUAAGCUGCAGACAAACGAGUAUAAAGUAUAGUUUGUAAAGGCGGGAAGGCAAGAAGAACAAAAGAAGAAAAAAAUUAAGUUUCAUAAAGAAAAUUGUGCUAAAAAGUUAUUAACUACAGCAAGGAGUCCAUCUAGUGUUAGCCAUAAGGCUUUAUAACAAGGUUUCUGUGAUUUUUGUUUUAAAGUGACAAGUUUUAAAGCCUUUAAAAACGUUUUUAUACAAAUAAUUAACAAAAGUGUGUGGAAAACUAAAGAUUUAUGAAAAAGUGAAAAAAAUAUCAAAGUAGAUAACAAAAAUAACAUUUUCAAGUGUGCAAGAAGUUAAACUUUAAUUUUGUGCUUCACGACGUCUCUCCCCAGCCGAAUGAAAAUGGAAAAAACUCCCCGUUAUACACAACGGGAGCGUAAUAUGGUCUUGGGUUAUGCGGCCCAAUACAAAGAUAUCAUUGAAAAUAAACGCACCGAUGCUGAAUCGAAUCGUAAAAAGGAUGAGGUAUGGCGUCAAAUAGCCAAAGAGUUUAAUGCUCGUGUCUAUCAUCAACGUUCGUCGAAACAGUUACGUCAGUUAUAUAAAAAUAUGAAAUUAUUACUGAAAAAGGAUUUGUGCGGUGAGGGUAAAGGUAAUCGCACCUUUAUGGAUUUACUCAAUACCAUAUCGCAACAGGAAUCGGUGGCCCAAUAUAUUUCGGAACAAAUGUCACCGAAUGGUUAUAGUAAUGGUGGCAGUGGCGGUGGUGGUGGUCGCCAGAAGUAUGAUGAUGAUUAUGAUGAUUCAAAGUUUCCUUUAUUACAGCAUCCCGUACUCAAUUACGAUGGAAUGGAUCAUGAUGUAAUUGUUAUCAAAUCCGAAGAUAUCAGUGAUAAUGAACAAUCACACAGUGGUGAAGCUAUGGAUGAAGAUGAUGAUGACUGCUUAAGUCCCAAAGAUAUACCAGAAGUUUGUCUGGAAGAAGAAGAUGAAGAGCUAUUUGCAACAGACUUAAGACAACCUACUAGCACACCACAACAAACACAAAACCAACAGCAACAGCAGCAGCUGCAACAACAACAGCAACAAACACAAAAAUCUGCACAAUCAUCUGGACAAACAGCACAAAAUCAACUACAGCAAUCGCCAGCACAUUUGCUGCAUCAUUCACAGCAGCCGGAGAUAACUAUACAGAAUAUAGGUGGCAUAAGAGUGGGUAGUAUAGGUAGUAUGGCCAAUAUGAAAGCUUUACAGAAUGCUGUCAAUAAUAGUAACAAUAAUAAUGGACCCUCAACUAAUUCAGCUUUAAGUAUAACUCACAACAAUGGCUCUGCAGCAGGCCAGGCUUUAAAUUUGCGACAAACUAGCGCUGAACAGCAGUUGCUGUUAAAUGGUUUGGGUUUAAGUGCGGUUAAUCAUAAUAACAAUGUUUUGGAUACCAAUCCACGCAUGCCCACUUUACAGAGAGCCAGCCAACAGCACAACAAUCCUGUACCCACACAACCACCCUCAGCAGCACAACAUUUACAUUUGAAUAGCCAUUCAAAUGCCACCCAACAGUUACUGCUUAAUAUCAAUGGUGCCAGCAGUCCCUUUACCCCACACAAACAUUACGGCCAGCAGAGACAAACCUCCACGCCCAACAGUCACUCCCAAAAGAAUGCACAAAACGAUUACUUUAUGCUGGGCAUAGAGGAACGUAAAUUGAAAAUAGAACUGUUAAAUGCACAAAUCGAUUACUGGAAGAAAUUAACCAAAAAACUAGAUGAGAAUCCCGGCCAUAAUGCCAAUCCUUCAUGUAUGUGUCAUUUCCCCGGCAAAGCGAAUGGUGUGCAGACACCCUCCUCCACCAGCUAG